GGGAGAGAAAAAAAACACACAUCCAGGCUGCAGCUUGAGGCCCUCACUCUCAAGUAACUUCUCUGGUGAGAGCAGCAGCAGAGGACACACACACCUGUAGAGCUCGCAGAGGACUAGGACUGGGCUGUGGGUGAGGGACCAUGCUGAGCUACCCAGGGCUACGGUCCUCACUGGGUCUUCUACUCCUGCUCUGCUGCAAUGCUGUGGCCUUGGUUGUGCUGCAGAACAACCUGAGGAACAGCAAUGAGAGACCCAUCAUUGGGAUAUUGGCACAGGAAAGUCGCUUUAAAACAUUUCGUAAGUAUGGAAGAUCCUACAUUGCUGCUUCAUAUGUGAAGUUUAUAGAAUCUGCUGGUGCACGAGUUGUGCCAAUAAGACUACAUCGUUCAGAAAAAGAGUAUGACAAAAUUUUCCAGUCUAUUAAUGGGGUACUUUUCCCAGGAGGUGGUGCUAGUCUUAAGACUUCAGCGUAUGCUAGGGUUGCUAGGAUAUUUUACCAGAAGGCACUAAAGGCUAAUGAUAAAAGAGACUAUUUUCCUGUCUGGGGAACAUGUCUGGGACAUGAAGAGCUUACAUACCUCACCAGUGAGAAGAACUUACUGGUUAAAACGAAAACUGAGAAUAUUUCGCUCCCAUUGACGUUUACCACAGCUGCAAAAGACAGCAGGAUGUUCCAGAAUUUUCCAGAUGACUUGUUGCAAAAACUUGCCACUGAGCCUUUGACGGCACACUUUCACAAGUGGAGUGUCUCCAUGAAGAAUUUCAAAAAGAAUGAGAAACUACGCAAUUUCUAUAAGGUUCUGACAACUAACACAGAUGGAAAGAUAGAGUUUGUAUCCACAAUGGAAGCAUAUAAAUACCCUAUUUAUGGGGUCCAGUGGCAUCCAGAAAAAAGUCCUUUUGAAUGGAAGAACGUCUCAGGCAUACCACAUUCCCCAUCAGCUGUGAAAGUAACAUAUUACAUAGCAGACUUCUUAGUUAAUGAAGCCCGGAAGAGCCUGCACCAUUUUCCCAGUAAGAAUGAAGAAACUGAAGCAUUGAUUUAUAAUUAUGCCCCUGUUUUUAGUAGUGCUUUUUCUAUAUUUCAGCAAAUCUAUUUUUUUGCUUGAACAUCUAUUCCCUGGUGCAGGAUAGCGAUCUGUAAAUAGUUAUUUGUUGCAAGUUUCAUAAUUAAACUCAUGUUGUGCCUUGCAAGUGGCAGAACACCAGAAUGCUUAGCUUACUUUCAAGUGAUUUAUCCUAUGUUACCUCUGUAGAAUUGGGUCAUUAAUCUGACAAAUGUUCAGUAAUUGCCCUAGAUCACAUUUUUAAUACCACUUACAGGGAAAUACAUUUUACCUCCAGGGAUGGCAUCUUGAUUGUGCUUAUCAAUUAGAAAAGAAUCAGGUUGAUUAAAAAAAUGAACAAUACUCUUGUCAUAUAUUUGAAAGAAAUAAGUUUACUUCUUCAGAACAUUGUGGGCUCUCUGAUAGCAUAUGUGUUGUUUAGUCAGAUCUUUAAGCAUAAUUCUGUUCUCUUGGGAAAAUGUCAAGGACUGAUAACUGAACGGGACCAGAGCCCCAUGAUGCUCUAUGGCUUGAUCAAAGGUGAAGCAGAAAACUGUUGUCUGAGAAGCUAUAGUGCUCAUGUUACAGUGGUAGUGACACCAAAUCAAGAAUGGGUUUGUAUUAAGGACUCUGAAAUCAGUUCUCACAGACAUGUUAACCCAAAUAUAUAUAUUGCUUUAUUACUGUAAUUAUAUGGGUAACUGGAUAAGCUGUGUUGUGUAACUAAAAUAAGUUACUAACAAAAACAAGGGAGGUAUAGCAUAUAUGUUUGGAAUGCUUUAUACUUGUGCUAAGUUUAGAACUAUGAACUGUACUCGUGUUCAGCGUAUUGUGGCAUCUACUAGCAGUUAAACUGAUGCAGUCUCUGUUUUUGUACAUGUAGUUCUGUUCUUUGUAUCCGUAGAGUCUGUCAGAAAAUGAGAUGUACAUUCUGUUGAGGCUUGUGAAAUAAGUACCAUCUCCCAGGUACAGAUAGUUAUUUGAACUGGAUAUGGUUGGUACAGAUGUCUUUAUGUCUUGCACAAUAGGUAUAAGACAAGAUGAGAAAAGAGAUAUAAGGCUUUGUUAAUACAGUGGAUUUGAGGAUUUUCUAUCUGUUGUAAACAAGUGGGGCAUAAAUAUAAAUCAAAGGGAGCUAAUACUUUGGGACAAACUGAAUGCUGCAAGACAGCUCUCCAGACCGGUGACAUAUUAACUUUCUGUAUUGUGGUGAAUUAUCUAUUUUUGAUUAAUAAACUGAUUGAGCCUGGGUAAUGUCUUAUCAAUAAAAGAAUUGAACUCAUUGGUAUGAACAGAAUUAAACACUAUUUUGAUCUUGA